ACUUCCACCCUCAGAGCUCGCCCGCACCUCUGAUGUUUUCCCAUGUCUUCUGCCCCCGACCCAGCUGAAGUGAUUGAUGGGAGCGGAUGAAGGAGACUUUCGCUCGAUGAAGAUAGAGGAGCCGCUGACAGCAACAGAGUUGCAAUAAAAGAAAAAUAGCUCGAGGGGCCUGAAAGAGCCGAAAGAGAGGAAGACCUGCAGGAGACAGGCGGAGGCGAGGAGGCUGCUUCAGGUGACCGAGUCGCGAUGGAUGCGCACGGCGCGUGUGAUUGAGGAGCUCCGCGCCUGGAAGCGCUCGCUUUGUUAGAGGUGGAUUAUAAAGUGAGCAGCAUCCCUCAGAACUGACCUCGUUUGUAUCAUUUUUCACUUGACGGAUUAUCUCAGAAUCAUGAACGUGUCGCCUCCGGACCGCAGGAAAAACAUGCGUGAACUGGCUUUGGAGAUUGGCAUCCGAGUUCUGCUUUUCGGAGUUUUUGUUUUUACCGAGUUCCUGGAGCCCUUCGAGAGAGUGAUUCAGCCAGAGGAGCUUUGGCUCUACAAGAAUCCUCUAGUUGAGUCAGACCACAUUCCCAAGAGGGUCAUGUUCGCGAUUUCAUUCCUCACCCCGCUGGCGGUGAUUUUCGUGGUGAAGAUCAUCCAGAGGACGGACAAGACAGAGAUCAAAGAAGCGUGUUUAGCUGUGUCCCUGGCUCUCGCCCUGAACGGAGUCUUCACAAAUACCAUCAAGCUGAUCGUUGGCAGACCCAGGCCCGAUUACUUCCAGCGUUGUUUCCCCGACGGACAAGUGACUGUGAAGAUGAUGUGCACCGGCGAGCCGGAUCUGGUCUCUGAGGGACGCAAGAGCUUCCCCAGCAGCCAUUCCUCCUUCGCUUUCUCCGGUCUUGGAUUCACUUCCUUCUACCUGGCGGGCAAGCUGCAGUGUUUUACGGACCAGGGUAGAGGGCGCAGCUGGCGUCUCUGUGCCAUGGUGCUGCCUCUCUACAGCGCUAUGAUGAUCGCUUUGUCCCGGACCUGCGACUACAAACACCACUGGCAAGACGCUGUUGUUGGAGGAGUGAUCGGCUUGCUGUUCGCCUAUAUCUGCUAUCGCCAGCACUACCCACCCUUUCUGCACAUGGACUGCCACCUGCCUUAUGCCAGUCUGACUGCCGCCGCCCACAUGCCCUCGCAUCCCCAGGAUGACCCGCAGCCGACUGACAAUGCCACCACCCUCCCCCUGGAGGGCUUGACUGAAGGGCCCGUAUGACUAGUGGCCCCCACCGAGACUCCCCCCAACACCCUAACCAAGCCUCCGAGCCCACCUCUCUCUUCUCAGUGACUUACUGAGAACUGUAUACAUUCCAGUGGACAGUAAUACACCUCACCCACUCAUUACUGUUAGAAAACCAGUCUCGGUGACACCUACAUUCUUUUGUGUUUAUUAUUUUUAUAUCUAGUUCUUGCUCAGCAGCCGUGAAAGUCUAUCUUUAGAUGUGAUGUAUGAGAGGAACCCACGAAUAUGGGACAUCGCCGCUGAGAGUGAGGGGGAAAAACAUGCUUAAAAACCUGAGGAAAGAAAUCUUACUAAUGGGUGUGGAGGAAGAUGAAAAUAUUGCCAGUUCUUGCUGGAAUCUUUUGCAUAAUGAGAAAUGUGUCUGACAGGCCGUUUAAUGCUGGAGUUUACUGAACAUUUGGCUGUUACAGGAUUAGACCAGCAAGUUGGGGAGACCCCGAGAAAUCCCAUAAAAUGUCACAGCAAUUGAAAAACCAUGAAAUCAAAACAGUCAAACUAUUGGAAUAUAUUAUGUUUAACAAGUAAAAAGCAAUUAUGGGGUUUGAUUGCUACUGGUGCCAGAAUCCAACAACAUUCAUUUAGUUUGACUUUUAGACGCAGUUCAGAUGGCACCAACGUGUUGGUCACAAACUUAGAGACUUGGAUCACUGUUCUAGGUUCACAUCUCCUCGUUUUUCAAUAAUAUUUGGUUGUCAAUAGCAACUUAAUGACACAAACAGAACCUAUACGCUCUUGGAGAACAGCAUUGGUCCAUGCCAAGGACAAUUGUCAGUGUUCCCUAACCCUACUAUUCUACAUUCACAGCUUUUUUAUUACUUCAAUUCUCCUUGGGCUUGAAUAUUUAUGCAACCCUGCAUAUAUCACCAUUUCCCCAUUCCCCCACCCCCUCCUGUCACCAUCCAACUUCCCAGAGGUUGCACGGGGAUAUGAACCCAAAUUGAGUGCAAUCAAUAACUGGCAGGUGGGAAUGCCGCAGUGGAAGCGUGUCUUGACAGGCCCAAACUCUAAUCUGAUCCUGCAUUAAUCCUCAUUAUGGGAGGUCAGCCGCUGCUCCUUGUGAGCACAUUAGGACUAUAUGAGGUGCCCCACGGACUGCUCAAGCAUCGCAAAUGGCUUUCACAUCCCACUCCAACCCCGCAAAUAGACAAUCUGGCAUUCAGGAGAUGACAGGCCUGAACCCCGGACGGCGAUUUUGAUGUAUUAUUCAUUCCUAAAUGUUCCAUUAUUUAUUCAUAUUUCCAGCCUUAAUUGAGGGACAGCACGUUGAAACAAAGAAUACACCAAAGAUUCGUAGCGUUUUUUCCUGCUCCGGUUGUAGGCGCCCUGUUAUGCUUUAUUAAAGGAGAUGACACACAGCCAGAAUACUGGGUCCCAAUCACCAACAAAGCAAUUUGUAGCCUUUCACAAGUUUUGUUAGAAAUUACAAAUCAUUUUGUCGCCUUGGUUACUAUGUCUUUUUAUGCCAUUGCUGUGACAUUAUUGGGAAGGUGCAAUCUCAGUUUACCUCUUAUCGUACCCAGCUGAAAAAGGGAAAAAAAAGGCAAAGACAUUAUAUUUGCACUGAAAAUUGAAUACUGAAAACAUUUCAAAAGAGCAUAUGAAAUGAACCACAAGCCAAAUGUAAAAGGUUAUUUUGUAAUUUUAUUAUCUCCUCAGUAUAUAAGUCAAGCCUGUUUGUGCAUUUGUCUGACAAAGGUCUUUGUGAAGAGAGCAGCAGAUGAAACAGACAAGGAAAGCUUCUCUCACUCAGAUAUAAUUUCCUCCAAACAGACCCAAUUAUGCCUCUAUCACUAAUGCAACCCAUUGGCAGCUUCUCAACACGGUGUGUGUAUGCGUGCGGGGUUUGACAAGGCCUCUCCCACACUGAUGCAAUACAAGAUGAAACUUUGGAAGAACAAACCUUUCACCAGAGGGGAAAAAAGGUGCUCGACUCCGUGAAACAGACUCUGUGACGGGACAUGUCGAGACCCUGAGAGCUCACUGAGGAGAAACCUGUAACCCUCUCAGGCCUGUGACUGCGAGGUUUCAACAUCUUGAGGCUGAUUUGGAGACAAAAUGAUUGUGACACAUGUUCAUUAUGUUCUAUAGACCUGCAUUUCGCCUGACUUGGCAGCCUGAUGUUUGUACUUUGUCAUUUUGUUUGGUACAGUGAAUAUUGAAAAAAAUGUUGUUGAGAAGUUUUGUCUGUAGGAGUAUUUUUAUUUUAUGUUUGCUUUAUCAGCAUUUAAGUUCCCCACUUUCCUUCGAAUCAUUCCAUAAUUUGUUUUAAUUUGGUGCUAUAGAUAGGUUUUUAGCAGUAGGUGUCACUUUUUUCAAACGCUGGAUGUGUCAUUUUGAAAUGAACGUUCAAUAAUUUUCUACAGAGAAAAAAUAAAUAAAAGAUUAUAAUUCAUUUGUCUUAAUAAGAUGCACAAGGGCAACCAGUGGUGGAUACUUUUUUUUAAAUCAUGUCACCUUCCCAAGGACUGAUGGGAGAAAAGCAUCUGAAAAAACAUUAAAGAAUAAUGAAAAAUUAACAAUUAUAAUGAAUAGAUGUCUGAAGAAAAAAGUGUAAGACUUAAGAAUCUUUGUCCAUGGCAUGCCAGUUCCAUUUGUCAGAAAAGACUGUUUUCUAUGAAUAAGCAUGUCUGGCCUUGAGAUCUAUUUGAGCUGUGUUUUGCUGUUUAUAUUUAUGUACAAUAAAGGAUUGCGGCUGUGUAAAAAGUGUCCAUGAGCAGAAGAAAGGAGCCUGUUGUAUCUUGUCAAAGUGUGAUCGUCGGAGCCUGUGUUUGCUGCUGUGAUGGGAACAUGCCGCUCCACUUGGACUCAACACAUCAGUGGAAACAAACCAAGGAUUCAAGGAGGUUUAUAAUGAAAAUGUCCUCCCUGUACUCAAAACAUAGGUAUUACGAAAUGAUUAUUUAUAUGCAAAAGAACAAUCUCACAUUAUGCAGCAGCGGACGUUUGUAUAAUGAGAUAUAUCCCAAGUUCAGUUCAAUGAAUUCAUGCUUCGACAGACCUGCUGUCAUAUCGCACAUCGCUACUGAGGCAGUCGAGUGUAUGUGUGUGAAUGUAACUCUGUUUUAAGUGUGCGUUGUGCUUUUCUGCAUCAGUUGUGUUGCACUCUUGUUUAGGGGACUUUCCAAUAAA